GGAGCUGUGGCAGAAAUCGCAGAAACAGAAGUUUGGCAAUUCCCUUUCCUUCCUUCGCGUGCGGCACUUUUUUUAAACAUCCAACUCUGUCUCAACGUCCAACAAGGGAACAGGGGGAGAAGAGGAAUUCAAAAUCUGCGGCCAUUAUUAAAUCACUCUGCACAAUAUCUGGGUUCAUGGGCGUCUUUUUCCAUGCAUUUCAUCCCAUCUUUUUUUGGGCGCGGCAGUAAACCUUACCAAUACCAACAAUCAGGAAACAAGAGGGAAUCAAUCUCAACGUCACUCAUCAGCCUCCCAGAGAGAAAGAGAGGAGCGGGAGACUGUCGUUUCAGCGCAUCAGAGUUGUUCCUUCUUCGACGGACGGACGGACGGACGGACGGUGAAGUUCAUCUUUCGCGGCCAUUCAAAUCACGAAAGCUCCAUCGUCCGACCGAAACUCUUCCUACACCACUUUGGCACUUACUUUCUAAGAUUCAGACAGAUUUUCUGUAGUUCGCUGCAACCCCCCGACUCCUUUUCUUAUGAUCAACUCUUAGAUUCUGACACUGUUGGGAUUUUUAAACCUAAAUCACUGCUUUUCCUUUUCCUUUUUUUUUCAGAAAGAGUUACAGGAGACUUUCAAAUUACAAAGCCAUUGGGUUUCUAAAAUCGCAAGUGAGGAUUUUUCAGAUUAGAUCUCGAAUCCCCCACACUCUAUUUGUUAUCUGUUUCUUUUUUCCCCUGGUGAAAACCUGAUCCUUUUUAGUAUUGUAUUUGCUCUUCCGGAACACGGUUUGUCGUUAGAGUUGUAGAGCAACAAGCUCUUGUUUUCUCAGAUCGAAGAAGUUCCGGACCGGAAAUCUAGGUGUUUUAAGCUGUAAAAUUAAAACUAAGCAUUUCCAAUACAGUGUUAAGUGCGUCGUUUGAUGGUCCGAUUCUAUGCUUUUUAUUUAUUUAUUUUCUUUGAACUGACAAAAGAAUUGAUCUUUAAUUAAACUGUGCCAAGCGUCGAAGCCUCGAACCGUCUAGAUUUCUACAAGGAAAAGAAACCAAUUACCAUGAAUGUUUAAAUCUGGGUUUUAUUAUAUAUGUUUAUAUGAAUGAACGUGUUUUGGAAAUGUCGAACUGAUGAGGCCGAAAAGAAAUAAAUGAAUAUUUUUGGGGCGCUUGUUUGUAAGUUGGAUCUUUAAUGUUUUCAUAACAAGGCAUUUGAGCGGGAAUCCCGCAUUUCGUUGAGGACUUCAAUUGAUUUUCUCAGUCCCUUUUGGUAUGAUUCUAGAAGCAGAAUCCCAGUUGCAUCGUUCAGGCCCACGUUAUCUGCUUACAUUCUCUUGCAAAGAUUUUCAGCCAAUGGACUCUGCAACAAAGCCUGUUAAACCUUCUUCUAACAUUUCAGACAUUGUCUAUAGAUUUGCCAAGGUUUGCAGGUUGAAAUCCAUUGGGGUCUUCCCCGGUGAAACCCCUAAUCACCACCACGGCAACAAUGGUCCUGCAACCGAAGACAGCAGCGAUGCUACCGAAGAGGCGGAAUACGAUUUCCAGAAAAUCCAUCCCCAGCCCAUUGAAGAAACCCUAGGCAGGCCCCCCCAAGACUCUGUCCUCACUGUGAUACCCAAGCUUUUCGAUACCAUUUCAGCCCUCAAACUAGCUUACAUUCACCUUCAAGAAGCUCACAUUCCAUAUGAUCCUGAGAAAAUCAGAGCUGCCGAUGACCUUGUCGUCUGUAAACUCAAAGCACUUUCGGAUAUCAAGCGCUCUUACAAGGAGAAGAAAGUAAGUAAAUCCAAAUCUGAUCCGUCUUCUUCGGAUUGUCUCUUGCUUGCUGAGAUUCGAGAUCGCGAGAAAACGUUACGUAAGUUGCAGUCACAGGUCGAAGCUCAAGAUUCGGUAAUCCUCCAGCUACAGCAAGAGCUGGAGACAUCGGAUCGAAAGAAUGCCGAUCUGAGUGAGAAGCUCAAGCAGAAAGCUUUCCAGGAAGAAAAUGCUCGGAAAGGUAGGAACUUCUCCCCAAAUUCUUUGUCAGAUGCUCUCAAGGCCGCGUCGGAAUCCAUUCAUGAUUUUGCGAAGCCACUGAUCAGUUUCAUGAAAGCGUCUGGUUGGAAUCUCGACCGUGCAGCGGACUCGAUUGAAGAAUCAAUAGUUUACUCGAAGAGGUCUCACAAGAAGUAUGCAUUCGAAGCCUAUCUCUCUAGACGAAUGUUCCAUGGGUUUUCCAUCCAGCACCAGCCCCAAAAUGUGGAUGAGAUUGCAAGGUUUAAAGACCCGUUUGAUGCUUUGGUAGAAGUCCCAAAUUCUACUUUUGCAAAGUUCUGCAGACUGAAGUACCCGUUGGUAGUGCAUUCAGAAAUGGAGGCGUCAUUCUUCGGAAAUCUGGAUCAGAGGACAUUCGUGUUGAGUGGGAGGCACCCAAGGACCCCAUUCUACCAGGCGUUCGUGAAAAUGGCGAAGUGGGUUUGGAUCGUGCAAGGUCUGGCUGCAUCAGUUAAACCUAAAGCAGAGAUUUUUGGGGUCAGGAGAGGAAGCGAAUUCUCGGAGGUCUAUAUGGAGAGUGUGGUUAAGGAUGAGGAGGAUGCACAGGUGCUGGUGGAGGGAGAAAAUGGAAGUCUCAGGGUUGGGUUCAUGGUGACACCUGGUUUCAGAGUUGGGGAGGAUGUGAUUAGGUCCCGGGUUUACCCGUCCAGGAUGAAUUCCUAGUACUAAUUAAUUAGUAAAUGUCGAACCAUCUUUUUAGUCUUUAGAGUUUAGAAUUUUGGAUGGAAGAAGGAGCAUUUGCUAAUUUUGGUAGUUUGGUUUUGUUAUAGAUUGGGUUUGGGCGGGUUGUAGGGGGGAAGGAAACCCAUAAAUGCCAAACUUUCAGAUGUUGGCUCCGUUUUUGUUGUUGGCUGUUGGUGUGGUAUCUGAGUGCAUCUCUUAUCUCUCAAUUGCAAUUUUCUUACUUGUAAAGCAGCUUUUGAGGAACCCCAACAAUUCCAUUAUUGGCAAAUGAUGAAUGUGUAUAUGUUCUUAUUAUGUUUGCAAAGAUUUUGGUGUACAAGCAAAAGUAUUGUCUUGGAAAUGGAGAACUAAUUAAAGGAUGCUCUGUAUGCUGCUCUU